CUUUGUUUCUCAUGCUUGGUGUAAGACUCUAGGGUUCUUAGCCUUGAGCUGGAAAUUUUUCAUUCAAGUUGUUGUAAUAUGGGAGAUUACACAAUUCAGAUCACUCCGAAGCUGAUCAAUCAGCUAGCUCAAGGCAACGAAAAACCUAAGAGAAAGGUAAAGAGAACCAAACCCAAAGUCUCACCACCACAGAACAAUGCAGAUCAAGCGCGAACACACCAUGAUGCAGAGAAACCGAAGCCAACGGCAGAGUUACCGACGCAGCCCCCACCAUUCUUCUUCCCAAUGCCGCAACAAACAGCAGCAAGCACGGAGCUGGAAUCGGUUAAGUCUGUUUUGAAAGAGAGUGAGAAGGUUCUUGAGAAGGUGGAGAGACAAGAAAAGAACAUUGUCCAUGAAGUGACUGAGAGAGCCAAGGAUCUGAGGGAGAAAGAGUUUAAGAUCCCUGAACCGAGACCAAUGCCUUGCUCUUCGGAUCACGAAGCGUGGAAGAGAUGCUACAAGGAGAACGUCGACAACCCGUUGAGAUGUUAUGGUCUGGUCAUGAGAUUUCAGGAUUGUGCUCGCAGGUCCAAACAGCAAGUGAAUUCUGAGGAAAUCUAGAGAUGAAAAAAAAUUUUAUUUUUUUUGCUUUCUGAGAUCUUAUGAAUGAUCUGAAGAUAUGAACUUGUUCCUUUUUGUUACUAAAAUAAAAAAGAAAGAACAUACUAGCUAAAUCUUUGAUUAUAUUCAUGAGAUCUAAACUGUGUUCUUGAUUUUGUAUUUUGGCUUAUCUUCCACUUGUUAUCUUGAAUUCUUU